GGUCAAGAGUGUUUUUCCCGGAGUUGGUCUCAGGUUUUCAAGAAUGUCCCCUAGAGACCCAGCUUGUUUUCUGUGUAAUCACUAGAGCUUUCAGAAUAGCCUUGCGUUUCUCCCUGAGAUGGUCAUGGAAUGGGUACCUGUUUGAUCUUCCUGCACUGCUGGGAAAGCUCCCCUGUCGGGAGAGGGGUAGGUCCAGGCUGAGAUUCAGAGAUUGAGUCUUAGGAGGGCAAAGUGGCUUGGCCAAAGUUCCACUGGAGAGAAAGUACCUGAGCUGGGAUUGGAGCCUGUUAUCCUAAACGUCUCUCCCGUAUGGUACAGUCUCCAGAGGGAACAGGAAGCAGAGUUGGGGAAAGAGGAAGACAAGCAGAACAGAGCAGAGACUGGUGAAUAGAAGGAGAGGAGGGCAGGAGGUGCUCACAGGGGACCUUCAUUGAUCCAAAGGUUCAAGAAAAGAUGACUUUGUGUUUACUCCAGCAUCCUUUAGAGGUGAAGCAAGUGUCAGCUGGAGUAUUUUGGCCAACUGUUGAGACCCGGUGAAAAAUAAUCGGCGCAAUAAUGUUCUUCAGUAAAAAGAAACCACUUGAAGUGGAGCGGAUAGUAAAAGCUAAUGACCGUGAAUACAAUGAAAAGUUCCAGUACGCAGAUAAUCGUAUCCACACAUCCAAGUACAACAUCCUCACCUUUUUGCCAAUUAAUUUAUUUGAACAGUUCCAAAGAGUGGCAAAUGCCUAUUUCCUUUUUCUUCUGAUUUUACAGCUGAUUCCAGAAAUUUCUUCCUUGACCUGGUUUACCACCAUUGUGCCUUUGGUCCUGGUGAUAACUAUGACAGCUGUCAAAGAUGCUACAGAUGAUUAUUUUCGCUACAAGAGUGAUAAGCAAGUGAAUAAUCGGCAAUCUGAAGUGCUCAUCGACAGCAAACUGCAGAAUGAAAAAUGGAUGAAUGUCAGAGUGGGAGAUAUCAUCAAAUUGGAAAAUAACCAAUUUGUUGCUGCUGAUCUGCUUCUCCUAUCAAGUAGUGAGCCAUAUGGCCUUUGCUAUAUUGAAACUGCUGAGCUUGAUGGGGAAACAAACCUUAAAGUUCGUCAUGCACUAUCAGUUACCUCAGAACUUGGAGAAGAUAUUGGGAGACUUGCAAAGUUUGAUGGGAUUGUUGUCUGUGAGGCACCUAACAACAAAUUAGAUAAAUUCACGGGAGUUCUCUCUUGGAAGGACAGUGAGCACUCCCUCAACAAUGAGAAGAUAAUCCUGAGGGGCUGUGUGCUGAGAAACACCAGCUGGUGUUUCGGAAUGGUUAUUUUUGCAGGUCCUGACACUAAACUAAUGCAGAACAGUGGUAAGACAAAGUUUAAAAGGACAAGCAUUGAUAGACUGAUGAAUACUCUAGUACUAUGGAUAUUUGGGUUUCUCAUAUGCUUGGGAAUUAUUCUUGCCAUAGGAAAUUCAAUCUGGGAGAACCAAGUUGGGGACCAAUUCAGAAGUUUCCUUUUCUGGAAUGAAGGAGAGAAGAACUUUGUGUUCUCAGGAUUCUUAACAUUUUGGUCCUAUAUUAUUAUUCUCAAUACAGUUGUACCCAUUUCAUUAUAUGUGAGUGUGGAAGUAAUUCGUCUGGGACACAGUUACUUUAUAAACUGGGACCAGAAGAUGUAUUACUCUGGAAAAGCAACACCUGCUGCAGCUCGAACGACCACGCUCAAUGAGGAACUGGGCCAAAUUGAAUAUGUUUUCUCUGACAAAACGGGCACCCUCACUCAGAACAUCAUGACUUUUAAAAAAUGUUCCAUUAACGGGAGAAUCUAUGGUGAAGUACAUGAUGACCUGGGUCAGAAGACAGACAUAAUUAAGAAAAAAAAGCCUGUGGAUUUCUCAGUCAACCCCCAAGUAGAUAAAACGUUUCAGUUUUUUGACCCCUCGCUGAUGGAAUCCAUUAAACUGGGUGAUCCCAAAGUGCAUGAAUUCCUGAGGUUACUCGCUCUCUGCCACACUGUAAUGUCAGAGGAAAACAGUGCAGGACAGCUGAUUUAUCAAGUUCAAUCACCUGAUGAAGGGGCUCUAGUGACUGCUGCAAGAAAUUUGGGGUUCAUUUUUAAGUCUCGGACACCAGAGACAAUAACAAUAGAAGAAUUGGGAACACCAGUUACUUACCAAUUGCUUGCCUUUUUGGAUUUCAACAAUAUCAGGAAAAGGAUGUCUGUCAUAGUUAGAAACCCGGAAGGACAGAUAAAGCUUUAUUCCAAAGGAGCAGACACGAUUCUGUUUGAAAAACUUCAUCUGUCCAAUGAAGACCUUCUGGCUUUGACGUCAGACCAUAUCAGUGAAUUUGCAGGGGAAGGCCUUCGAACCCUGGCCAUUGCAUACAGAGAUCUGGAUGAUAAGUACUUUAAAGAGUGGCAUAAGAUGCUUGAAGAUGCAAAUGCUGCCACAGAUGAGAGGGAUGAACGGAUAGCUGGGCUGUAUGAAGAAAUUGAACAGGAUUUGAUGCUUCUAGGUGCCACUGCUGUAGAAGACAAGUUACAAGAGGGUGUUAUUGAAACGGUUUUAAGUUUAUCACUAGCCAAUAUUAAGAUCUGGGUCCUAACAGGAGACAAACAAGAAACUGCCAUCAACAUUGGCUAUGCCUGCAACAUGCUGACUGAUGACAUGAAUGAAGUGUUCAUUAUAGCAGGGAACACCGCAAUGGAAGUCAGAGAAGAACUCAGGAAAGCAAAGGAAAAUUUGUUUGGACAAAACAAAAGUUCUUCCAAUGGCCAUAUAGUUUUCAAAAAAAAGCAGCAGCUGGAGUUGGACUCAAUUGUAGAAGAAACCGUAACAGGAGAUUACGCCUUAAUCAUAAAUGGCCACAGUUUGGCUCAUGCCCUAGAAAGUGAUGUCAAGAAUGACCUCCUAGAACUUGCCUGCAUGUGUAAGACUGUGGUGUGCUGCCGAGUCACGCCACUCCAGAAGGCCCAAGUAGUAGAGCUGGUGAAGAAACACAGAAAUGCUGUCACGUUGGCCAUAGGCGAUGGAGCCAAUGAUGUCAGCAUGAUCAAAAGCGCUCACAUUGGCAUUGGAAUCAGCGGCCAGGAGGGACUGCAGGCAGUCCUAGCCAGCGACUACUCCUUCGCACAGUUUCGAUACCUCCAAAGGCUCCUCCUUGUUCACGGAAGGUGGUCCUAUUUCCGAAUGUGCAAAUUCUUAUGCUACUUCUUCUAUAAGAAUUUUGCAUUCACACUUGUGCAUUUCUGGUUUGGUUUCUUCUGUGGCUUCUCAGCCCAGACUGUCUAUGACCAGUGGUUCAUCACCCUUUUUAACAUUGUCUACACAUCACUUCCUGUUUUAGCCAUGGGGAUUUUUGACCAGGAUGUAAGUGACCAGAACAGCAUGGACUUUCCCCAGCUCUACAAACCUGGACAGCUGAAUCUACUUUUUAACAAGCGUAGAUUUUUCAUCUGCAUGGCACAUGGAAUCUACACCUCAUUAGCUCUUUUCUUCAUCCCUUAUGGGGCCUUUAACAGCGAUGCUGGAGAAGACGGGCAGCACCUUGCCGACUACCAGUCUUUUGCAGUUACCAUGGCCACGUCUUUGGUUAUUGUGGUCAGCGUGCAGAUAGCCUUGGAUACCAGUUACUGGACGGUCAUUAAUCACGUCUUCAUCUGGGGCAGCGUUGCCACUUACUUCUCCAUUUUACUUACAAUGCACAGUAACGCCAUGUUUGGUGUCUUCCCAAACCAGUUUCCGUUUGUUGGAAAUGCACGACAUUCCUUGACCCAGAAGUGCAUCUGGCUGGUCAUUCUCCUAACGACAGUGGUUUCAGUUAUGCCUGUGCUGGCAUUCAGAUUUCUGAAGGUGGAUUUAUUCCCGACCCUGAGUGACCAGAUCCGCCAGCGACAGAAGGCUCAAAGGAAGGCACGGCCUCUGCGUAGCCGAAGGCCUCAGACUCGUAGAUCAAGCUCAAGAAGAUCUGGAUAUGCUUUUGCUCACCAAGAGGGCUACGGAGAGCUUAUCACAUCUGGAAAAAAUAUGCGAGCUAAAAAUCCACCCCCAACAUCGGGGUUGGAAAAGACACUGAGUAAUAGCACUAGUUGGAUUGAAAAUUUAUGUAAGAAAACCACAGACGCAGUGAGCAGCUUUAACCAGGAUAAAACGGUGAAACUGUGAGUCAAGAUGAGUUUGAACCACAUAGUUAUCUUUUCACUUCAGCUGGAGCUGGAAUUCAGCUGGCUCUGGAGCUUGGGAUUGGGGCUAGAAGUGGGGCAGAUUGCCUCACUUAAUUUAAAUCUGUGGCAGACAGCUGCCUGGUACCUAUCAAAUAGUGGUGUACUCUACCAGAAACCAAGUCAGAUGGUCACCAUCUAAUUUGCGAUUUGGCAGACAAAACCCUCACAAUAUAAGCACAGGGUUUUAUCAGUUUAGAUACCAGUUGACCUGAACUUUAGAAUUUUAUGUAUUGAGAAAACUUGUAAAUCUGCAUAUACAUUGAAUGCAUCUUCAGGUGGAUAAAAGGGUGCAUUCAAAAGGUAUAUACCCCAGCUGAGAAAGCAUGCUUGUUUACAGAUAAACACGUAUAUGUAAGAUCAGCCUUUCCCAAGAAUAUACUUUUAAUAUUUAAAAUUAUACUAAGAUGCUUUCAGAUUAAGAUAUCUUCCUAGUCUUGAUAUCUAUCUGUGGGUUCAGCCAGAACAAAAAUCACCUUCAUGCCUGAAGAAUAGAAAAACACAUCGGUGUUCCUCAUUUUUAUGCUAGUCUAGAGAUGGUACAGAUUGAGCAUUUUAGCUGGGGGAUAAAUUGGUAAUUUGGUCAAAUUUAUUCAAAAAACUUACAUGGACCUGUUCAUGAAAUGUCAAAGAGAGGCUCUCUAGUAAGUGUUCUAAAUACUUUUCAAUGACUUCUAUAACAAUCUUGGUAGGAACUUGUCCUGUGUUAUCCUGAACCAUCAAUGGAACCAGCAAAGCAUUGAAAUUUCCAACUUUAAUGAUAGUAUUCCAUACAGUAUAUGGGCAGAUACUUUCAACAUUUCUUAUUUUAAAAAGUUCCAUUUGAAACCAAAUUAAUCAACAUUCUUUCCAAUUACUAUUAAAUACCCAGGCUUAAGUCAUUCAGAGUGAGUUGCUUUUGGUUUUUAGCUAUAAUGCUUAUAAUUCCAAAAUAAACAUAUGUAGAUGAGGCUGAUUUUUUUGGAGAUGCUCUAGUCCAAAUGUGAAUCACCAAUGUAGUUUCCAUAAAAGAAUUCAAGCAGAUUGGUGUUCAAAGUCCAGCUCUAUUGCUUCUUACCUCUAUAACUCUCGGCUGGUGAAGUGCCUCUCUGAGAUUCAGUUUCUUCCUCUGCAAAAUGAAGAUAUGCUACCUACCUCAUGUGGCUGUUUGAGGACUGUCAAAGCACAAAUUCUCAAAUCAUUAAAAAAAUAAUUCUCAGAGGAAUAGAUGAUGAGGUUAGGCCCAUUUAAUUCACCAUCAGAAUAAUAGAGCAUUUGAAAAGGAUGUGGAGAAGUAGAAUUUAGCUAAUCACUGUGAAAGGCCUUGAAAUGAGAUUGCAAAGUAAGAUAUAAAAUGGGUCAGUGUCCUACAGGGCAAUAAAACUAUGACCAUGGAGGUGAAUUUCUCUACCAGAAAGCAAAAACAAGUCAUCCCCAUGCCUUAUCAAUUUUUUACAAGUCAACAUCCAACUUUACAGCGUUCUUAAUCUGGUUCCUAUUAAAUUAUUAGUCAAAGUUCUAUUUCCCAAACGAGUCAAAUGGUCCUUGGAUGGGCUUGAUGAACAAUGGGCUAGCAUAAUAUUAGUAGGUCACACAAUCCUGUUUUUUUGUUUUAUUUUGUUUGUUUUUUUGGCCUUAAUUUCCAAGUCUGGGAUAAGUUUCUUUGAAUGGGAUCAAAUAAGAUAUGUGUAAAAGAACCUAAUCAUAGUAAAUGCUCAUAUAUGUUCCCUUUGCCCCUACAUGCCUCUGUAGACUCACCAAGAUAUUAGUUUUCAAUGUCUAAUGUGUUUGCUCACUUUUUAUAACAUUUUUUAAAGAUUUGAAAACUUUCAGUAAAUAUUUUGGCAAUA